AAAACGUCUGAAUCUGACAGCUGAUCGAAAGAACAGCAAAAAUAAGAACCUCACCAAGCAGGUCGGCAAAAGAGGCAGCAUUUUUUCCAUCUUCUCUCGACUCGAUUACAAAUUUUCGCGAAAGUUCUGUAACAAACCGGAAGCGAAAUGGCCAACGUGAAUCUGGCUUCGGUGGUUCUCCGGAACGCUAUGCGCACACAGCUGAUGGGCAUCCGUAACUCCAGCGAUAUGAUUACCGCCAAGAUCGGUAAGCGGGAGGUCGUCGGCCACGGCUGGAACGGAUUGCCCGUUUAUGCCGACCGUAUCGAUUACCCGAUGCCGGCCAUCCGUUUCAAGGAAGCGACCCCGGACAUUGUGGCCCUCCGCGAGAAGGAGAAGGGCUGCUGGAAGAAGCUGUCCGUGCAGGAGAAGAAGGCUCUGUACCGUGCCUCGUUCUGCCAGACCUUCUCCGAGAUCAAGUACCCCACCGGCGAGUGGAAGAUCUGUCUCGGUGCCGGUCUUAUCGCCGCGUCGCUCAGCAUGAUCGUCAUGAUGCUUAUGCGCACCUUCGUGUACGACCCUAUUCCGGAAACCUUCGACGAGGAACACCAGAAGGCUCAGCUCAAGCGUAUGCUGACCCUGGAGGUCGGAGGUAUCGAGGGACUUUCGUCCAAGUGGGACUACGAAAACAACCGAUGGAAGUAAAUUAAUUGACGCCACCGGUGGUCAAAUAUAUUUAGAUUGGAUUAAAGUGUUGUAUUAUAAAACAAAUAACGGUUGGUCAAAAUCUGGGCCCUUCAUUUCCACAUCAGCUUGAAAUAAAAAUCAAAGCAGAAAAGUUACGGUAAAGUUA